CUCUCCCAGCAUUAACUCAAUUCUUUUCAUCCUCAUCAGCUUCUUCCACAGCAAUCAUCACCACACUCUUCUACACUCACCAUCAACUUGUUGCAAUACCAACACCACCAAACACCUUCAAAAUGCAGUUCUCCAUCGUUGCCCUCUUCGCUACUGGCGCUCUCGCCUCUGUCUCUGUCUGCCCGAACGGCCUUUACUCCAACCCUCAGUGCUGUGGUGCCAACGUCCUUGGCGUUGCCGCUCUCGACUGCCAUACUCCGAGAGUCGAUGUUUUGACUGGUCCCAUUUUCCAAGCCGUCUGCGCUGCUGAAGGCGGCAAGCAGCCCCUUUGCUGUGUUGUCCCCGUUGCCGGCCAAGACCUUCUUUGCGAGGAAGCCCAAGGCACUUUCUAAGGCAAACGCUGAUUUACAGUAAACUCUGCGUGAAGGCAUUGCAGGGUUUACAAUCACUCACUGGUUCGAGGGGCCCGCAAAAUUGGAGGAAUAUGGAUGCACAAUAGACAAGUUUGGAUACUGGAGGAUUAGCAUAAUGGAUGUUUGCGGGCAGGAUAUGGAUGUACGUAGUGUAGGACGGAAUAUAUAAAACGGCAUUUUACC